AUGCCCUCAAAACAAAACACUCAGUAUUAGUGUCACCACUUCAGUAGAUUCCCAAGUGAGCUGUGUAGUGUUUUGAAGACAACGUUGCAGAAGAUUAAAAAAAAAAAAAAAAUGGCGGAUUUACGUGACGAGCACGGAAACCCGAUCCAACUGACGGACGAGCACGGCAACCCGGUCGUGUUGACGGACGAGCACGGCAAUCCCAUGCACCUCACCGGAGUCGCGAAAACCGAGGGUACGGCUGCAGCCACUACUGGCGAGCAGCAGCUGGGGAAGCAGAUGGAAGAGGAGCGCCGCCGCGAAGGCGAGAGGGCCGAACUUCAGCGAUCUGGCAGCAGCUCAAGUUCCAGCUCGUCGGAGGAUGAUGGGCAAGGCGGGAGAAGGAAGAAGAAGGGAUUAGGAACAAAAAUAAAGGAGAAGCUGACAGGUGGGAUUGGAAUUGGAAAGCACAAGGAUGAGCAAGUACAGUCCUCAAAUAUAACAACUACAAUCCCAACAACGAUGACUGCCGCUGACCCAGCUGGCCAAGAACACCCCUACGAGCACCACGAGAAGGAGAAGAAAAGUGUCAUGGACAAGAUCAAGGAGAAGCUGCCUGGCCACCAUAACCACACUUGAAAUCAUAAAUAUCUGUGUGUGUGUGUACACAUAUAUAUGGCCGGUGGGUGUGUGUGUUUGAAUCAUAUGGAUUACGUUGGGAAAAAAAAUGUGGGUUUGAAUUUGUGUGUAGUACUUGUCUUUCAAUGUAUAUGAUGUGUUAAUGUUUUUAAUUUGUUAUUGCUGAGAAUGUGUGCCUAGCUAGGGGGUAAAGAUUUGAGGUAAGGUAAUUAAGGGAGUUGUGUUUGGUGAGGUGAUUAGUGUAAUAAAUCAGCCAAUAAUAUGGAUUUUAUGUGUCAA